UAAACGAAUUGAGGUUAUGUUGCUACGGAGUACAUCAAACUGAUUUCGCCGCACUUCAUGGUAAACAAUGGUACGAACUGUCAAUGCAUCGAAAUGUCAACAACCGCAUGAACAUAAUAACGUUUGUGAGUGACGCGAAAAGUACAGCUAAAACAAAAUCCAUUUAUAAACAAGAAACAAUUUGAAUCGUAAAUUUUAAAACAGGAAAAAUGGCAACAAAAAGAAAAAACGAUAUCGAUAUUCCCGAUGAGGAAAGUGAUGUGCUGUUAAUCAGACCACUUGGUGCGGGCCAAGAAGUGGGUCGAUCAUGCAUAAUGCUCGAGUUUAAAGGAAAGAAAAUCAUGUUGGACUGUGGUAUUCAUCCGGGCCUCUCUGGAAUGGAUGCAUUGCCAUUCGUUGAUCUCAUCGAAGCAGACGAAGUCGAUUUGCUUUUUAUAUCACAUUUCCAUUUAGACCAUUGCGGUGCAUUGCCGUGGUUCUUGCAAAAGACCAGUUUCAAAGGACGUUGUUUCAUGACGCACGCAACCAAGGCCAUCUACCGUUGGAUGUUGUCCGAUUACAUCAAAGUCAGUAAUAUAUCCACCGAACAAAUGCUCUACACAGAAGCCGAUCUCGAGGCCUCGAUGGAGAAGAUUGAGACGAUAAACUUCCACGAAGAGAGAGAUGUGAUGGGUGUACGAUUUUGGGCAUAUAAUGCCGGUCAUGUUUUGGGUGCGGCAAUGUUUAUGAUUGAAAUUGCUGGCGUAAAAGUCCUGUAUACGGGUGAUUUUUCACGGCAAGAAGAUCGACAUUUGAUGGCCGCUGAAAUACCAACCAUGAAACCGGACGUGUUGAUCACCGAAUCCACAUACGGAACACAUAUACACGAAAAACGUGAAGAUCGCGAGUCACGAUUCACUGCACUAGUACAAAAAAUCGUUCAACAGGGUGGACGCUGUUUGAUUCCAGUGUUUGCAUUGGGUCGAGCCCAAGAGUUGCUCUUGAUUCUGGAUGAAUUUUGGAGCCAAAAUCAAGAUCUGCAAGAAAUUCCAAUUUACUAUGCAUCAUCAUUGGCGAAAAAAUGCAUGGCCGUCUAUCAAACGUAUAUUAAUGCAAUGAACGAUAAAAUCCGGCGACAAAUCGCUGUGAACAAUCCAUUUGUAUUCCGUCACAUAUCGAAUUUGAAGGGAAUCGAUCAUUUUGAAGACGUUGGACCGUGUGUUAUUAUGGCUUCACCGGGUAUGAUGCAAAGCGGUUUAUCCAGAGAACUCUUCGAACUGUGGUGUUCCGAACCAAAGAACGGAGUCAUCAUUGCUGGUUACUGUGUCGAAGGCACACUGGCCAAAACAAUUCUGUCCGAACCAGAAGAAAUUAUGACGAUGUCCGGUCAAAAGGUACCGCUGAACAUGUCGGUUGAUUACAUUUCAUUCUCGGCGCACACAGAUUAUCAACAAACCAGCGAAUUCAUUCGUCUAUUGAAACCAACUCAUGUUGUUCUUGUCCAUGGCGAACAAAAUGAAAUGUUCCGACUGAAAUCGGCACUUCAGCGUGAGUAUGAGGGAGACAAAAAUGCAAACAUCACUUUUUACAAUCCUCGAAACACGCACACAGUUAGUUUACAUUUCCGUGGUGAGAAAACGGCUAAAGUCAUGGGCACAUUGGCCAUUAAGAAGCCAGAAGAUGGUGAUGCUCUUUCAGGAGUGCUUGUUAAACGUGAUUUCAAAUAUCACAUUUUGUCAUCGACCGAUCUACCGAAAUACACCGACAUGAGCAUAUCAGUGGUAACGCAACGUCAGAGUAUCGCCUUCAAUGGCAGUGUGAUCAGUUUGAAGAUGCUUCUUGAUCGAAUCGGUGGGCCGGGCACUGUGGAAACCAUUGAAACUGAUGUUAAGUUUAAAAUUUUCAACAGCAUCGAUAUCACGGUCGAUGGAAAAUUAUUGGUCAUGGAAUGGGAAGCAACACCAAUCACAGAUAUGUAUGCUGAUACAGUCGUGGCAAGUUUGAUGCAAACUGAACUGGUUGGAAAUACAAUUAAGGCUGCGGCGACUGGCGCUAAAUCCGAUCGAUUGCACUUCAUUGAGUGCUUGAUCGAAACAUUGCAAGACAUGUUUGGAGAUAAUUCUGUGCCCAACUCCACUAAAGACAAUAGUCUAAUGGUAACGGUGAAUAACAAACAAGCAGAAAUCGACUUGGACUCUUUGCUCGUGAAGUGUGAAGAGGACGAUGUGCUCGAAGAAACGUUAUCGGUUGCUGUUAAGAAACUCCAUCAAGCUCUUGUUCAAAGUAAUAAUUAAGCUAUUCAUCAGAUCUUAUUUUUGUCAUUCAUGUUUUUUAUUAGGAAAAGGAUACAAUAAACAUAUUCCAGGAAAUACAGAUAA